CUCCUGCAUUGGACCACAGCUGCAGCAGAGAGCGGUCGCCAAGUGCCGUUAGAGGCAGAAGAUGGAGAACUGUGACAGAGUCUUCUCCGAAGUGUAAACCCCCGUCCCCAUGACGUCAAGUCCACCCGCCGGCCUGGAGGGUUCAGAUCUAUCUUCUGUCAACACCAUGAUGCCUGCCGUGAUGGGCAUGGGGAAGGUCGCCGAGAAUGGCGCCGGCCCCCAGGGCCUCAAGUCCCCUGCCAAGCCUCCGGGACUAAAUCGCAUUGGCAGAAGGAACCAGGAAACGAAAGAGGAGAAGUCUUCCUACAGCUGCCCCCUGUGUGAGAAGAUCUGCACCACUCAGCACCAGUUGACCAUGCACAUCCGUCAGCACAACACGGACACCGGAGGAGCCGACCACGCGUGCAGCAUCUGUGGGAAGUCGCUGAGCUCAGCCAGCUCCCUGGACCGCCACAUGCUGGUGCACUCUGGCGAGAGGCCGUAUAAAUGUACCGUGUGUGGCCAGUCUUUCACCACCAACGGGAACAUGCACAGACACAUGAAGAUUCAUGAGAAGGACCCCAACGGCUCGGCAGCCGCAGCUCCGCCGUCCCCUCUGAAGCGCAGGCGGCUGUCCUCCAAGAGGAAACUGAGUCAUGACACCGAGUCGGAGAGAGAGGACACGGCCCCGGCUAAAAAGAUGCUGGAGGACGGCCAGUCGGGCGACGUGGCCGGGACAGCCGAUGAGCUCUUCCACUGCCCAGUGUGUUUCAAGGAGUUUGUGUGCAAGUACGGGCUGGAGAGCCACAUGGAGACGCAUUCGGAUAACCCGCUAAGAUGUGACAUCUGCUGCGUCACCUUCCGCACACACCGCGGGCUGCUGCGCCACAACGCGCUAGUGCACAGGCAGUUGCCACGUGACGCCAUGGGGCGACCCUUCAUCCAGAGCAACCCCUCGAUCCCCGCUGGCUUCCACGACUUGGGGUUCACCGACUUCUCCUGCAGGAAGUUCCCCCGCAUCUCUCAGGCCUGGUGUGAGACAAACCUGCGAAGGUGCAUCAGCGAGCAGCACCGCUUCGUCUGUGACACCUGUGACAAGGCCUUCCCCAUGUUCUCUUCGCUGACCCUACACAAACAAACCCACGUGGCCACAGACGCGGGGCGCGAGAAGCCCUUGGCCAGGUCCCUGCCCGACGACGCCCUGGACCAGAAGGUCUUCCUGGCCCUGUUCGGCCUGCAGCACACCAAAGAUGUUCAGCCUGUGCCCGCAGAGGAGCCCGUGCCCGACGACAACCAGGCGAUCCAGCUGCAGGUGCUAAGGUGCCCGCUACCUCAGGAGCCCGCCGGCACCCGGGUGCUGAGCCUGUCCCCGUUCGAAGCUACGUCCCUGGGCGCCCCCCUCACGCUGCUGCCGGCCGCCAAGGAGGGCCUGAAGCACCUGUCUCUGCAGCCCUUCCAGAAGGGCUUCAUCAUCCAGCCCGACAACAGCAUCGUGGUCAAGCCCAUCUCGGGGGAGUCGGCCAUCGAGCUAGCCGACAUCGAGCAGAUCCUGAAGAUGGCGGCCUCGGCCCCGCCCCAGAUCAGUCUCCCGCCGCUGGCCAAGGCCCCGGCUGCACCCCUGCAGGCCAUCUUCAAGCACAUGCCCCCGCUGAAGCCAAAACCCCUGGUCACCCCGAGGACUGUGGUGGCUGCCUCCACACCCCCGCCGCUCCUCAACGCCCAGCAGGCCUCCCCCGGCUGCUUGAGCCCCAGCCUCCCGCCGCCGCCGCUCAAGCUCCUCCAGGGCACGGUGGAGGCGGCCGCCCACGCCCACCUGCUGCAGGCCAAGGCGGGGGCACAGCCCCACGCAGCCGCACAGCUCUUCCUGCAGCAGCCGCAGCUGGAGCUGCCCAGGCAGCCCGAGAUGAAGACGCAGCUGGCACAAGACAGCCUCAUGGAGGCCCUGCUGCCCCUCCGCGUGGAGGCCAAGAUCAAGCAGGAGCUCACCGAUGGGGACCUCAAGGCCAUCAUGACGGGGCCCGGCGGCAAGAAGGCGCCCGCCAUGCGCAAAGUGCUCUACCCCUGCCGCUUCUGCAACCAGGUGUUCAGCUUCUCCGGCGUGCUGCGCGCCCACGUGCGCUCUCACCUGGGCAUCUCCCCCUACCAGUGCAACAUCUGUGACUACAUCGCCGCCGACAAGGCCGCGCUCAUCCGCCAUCUGCGCACACACAGCGGCGAGCGGCCCUACAUCUGCAAGAUCUGCCACUACCCCUUCACCGUCAAGGCCAACUGCGAGCGGCACCUGCGCAAGAAGCACCUCAAGGCCACCCGCAAGGACAUCGAGAGGAACAUCGAGUACGUGAACAGCAGCGCGGCCGAGCUGGUGGACGCCUUCUGCGCGCCCGACACGGUGUGCCGGCUGUGCGGCGAGGACCUCAAGCACUACCGCGCCCUGCGCAUCCACAUGCGCACGCACUGCGGCCGCGGCCUGGGCGGCUGCCCCAAGGGCCGCAAGCCCUUCGAGUGCAAGGAGUGCAGCGCCGCCUUCGCCGCCAAGCGCAACUGCGUGCACCACAUCCUCAAGCAGCACCUGCACGUGCCGGAACACGACAUUGAGAGCUACGUGCUGGCGGUGGACGGCGGCCUGGGCCCUGCUGAGGCCGCGGCCGCAGAGGCCUCGGCGCCAGGCCAGGAGGCCGGCGAGCGCAAGCCCCUGGCCGCCUUCCUGGAGCCGCAGAACGGCUACCUGCACGGGGGCCCCAGCCAGCCCGCGCCUUCGCGCGUCUCCAUCAAGCUGGAGCCCGUGGGCAGCUUCGCCAUGGACUUCAACGAGCCCCUGGACUUCUCUCAGAAGGGCCUGGCCCUGGUGCAGGUCAAGCAGGAGAACAUGUCCUUCCUGUGCUCGUCCUCCCUGGCCACCUACGAUGGCCCCGUGGAGCCCAUCGACUUAUCCAUCCGCAAGAACCCCAGGAAGGCAGCCAAGGACGAGGCCAAGAGGCCGGAGCAGGAGGCCCCGAGCGUGGAACAGUGCUCGCCCUGCCCUGCCCCGCUGUGCGCCCCGCAGCCGGGGACCCUGGAGAACCCGGCAGUGUCAGCGAGCACCCUGGAGCCGCACGCGCAGCCGGUGCAGGCCUCGGUGCAGCUCACCGUGCCGGUCUACUCGUCGGCCCUUGUGGGCAGCCCCACGCUCCUGAGCAACCCAGCCCUCCUGGGCGGCGCCGCCUUGCUGCGGCCCCUGCGGCCCAAGCCCCCGCUGCUCCUGCCAAAGCCCCCUGUCACAGAAGAGCUGCCCCCACUGGCCUCCAUCGCGCAGAUCAUCUCCUCCGUGUCCUCCGCCCCAACCCUGCUGAGAGCCAAGAUGGCAGAACCUGGCCCCGUGGGCUCCGACCCGGUCCCAGGCACUGGCGUGGCAGUGGCCGUGGACAGCUCUGCAGGCUCCGUGCCCAAGGUCACCCCGGACCCCACCACCUCCACUGAGAGCGCGAGUCCCAGAGAAGCUGGGGACCCGCCACCUGCAGCUAGCAGCCCGGAGGCAUCGUCACCCUUGGCACAAGAGGCAGCGGGUUCCUCCAAGAAGAAGGGCCGGAAGAGGGGGGCGAGGCCCCGAGCCCAGGCCGGCGGCGGGGUGGACCUGGAUUCCAGCGGCGAGUUCGCUAGCAUCGAGAAGAUGCUGGCCACCACUGACACGAACCAGUUCAGUCCCUUCCUUCAGAGCACAGAGGACGAUGCUGGGGAGGCAGCAGCCAGCAGCCCCCCAGACCUCCAGGGGCCCAGCGAGGAGGAGCAGAGCCGCACCACCGAGGACAAGCUGCUGAGGGCCAAGCGGAACUCGCAUGCCAGCUGCCUACAGAAGAUCACCUGCCCACACUGCCCCCGCGUCUUCCCCUGGGCCAGCUCCCUGCAGCGGCACAUGCUCACACAUACCGGUCAGAAACCCUUCCCCUGUCAAAAAUGCGAUGCCUUCUUUUCUACCAAAUCUAACUGUGAACGCCACCAGUUGCGCAAACACGGAGUUACCACCUGCUCCCUGAGAAGAAACGGGCUUACUCCCCAGUCCAGAGAGAGUGAUGGUGGCGCCCGUGAUAGCACAGACAGCCAGUCCGACGUGGAGACGCCGGCCCCAGCAGGCGAGGUGUUGGACCUCACCUCCCGGGACAGGGAGCCGCCACCACCGCAUCCACCGCCAUCGGAGGAAGCCGCGACCCCAGAUGCGCCCCCGGCAGACCCCACCUGCCUGGGGACCGAGGAGCGCCGGGGGCCGGAGGAUGAGCGAGGCCCGGAGGAGAGCGCCGGGGAGGCCGAGGGCCCAGAGGAAGACACGGUCAGCAACAAGAGCCUGGACCUGGACUUGGCCAGCAAGCUGAUGGACUUCAAGCUGGCCGAGGGCGAGGCGGGCGCUGCGGGCUGCGCCCCGCACGACCACAAGUACGCGUGCGACACCUGCGGCAAAAGCUUCAAGUUCCUGGGCACCCUGAGCCGCCACCGCAAGGCGCACCGGGACGAGACGGACGCCCCGGGCCCGGACGGGGAAGAGUCGCCCGCCACCCCGGAGCUGGACGAGAAGCCCGCGGCCAGCGAGACCCCCACCUCCGCCGAGCCGGCCCCAGGCACGGGGGAGGCCGAGAAGCAGAGCGAGGAGACCGAGGGCCCCUCCGACGGGGAGGCAGCGGCCGAGCAGAAACCCCCAGAGAAGAGCCCAAAGACGGACUCGCCCAAGAGCGCGGCCAGCAAGGCGGACAAGCGGAAGAAGGUGUGCAGCGUGUGCAACAAGCGCUUCUGGUCGCUGCAGGACCUCACCCGCCACAUGCGCUCCCACACCGGCGAGCGGCCCUACAAGUGUCAGACGUGUGAGCGAACCUUCACCUUGAAGCACAGCCUGGUUCGGCACCAGCGGAUCCACCAAAAAGCCGGGCACGCCAAGCACCAGGCCAGAGACAGUGACAGGGAGGAAGACAGCGAGGACGGCUCCAGCCACAGUGGCACCAACCCCGUCUCCGAGAGCGAGGCCGAGCCGGCCCCUGCCAGCAACCAUGCAGCCGUCACCCGCAGCCGCAAGGACUGCGGCCGCAGGGAGGAGAAGGCGGGCCGGGGGCCCACCAAGGAGCAGGGGGCAUCCCCGGGGGAGCCCAGCCCCGAGAGCCCCGAGUCUUUGGUGCAGGAGUUCCUGGAGCCGCGAGGCAGGAGGCCGGCCCAGCCCGUGCUGGGCGCCGAGUGACCGCUGCGCGCCCCGCUGCACACCCCCACAAGCCAGCAGAGCAAAGCGCC